AUGGCGGGCUUUACUUGCGUUCUUGCGUUUCUUCUUUACAUACCAGAUCUGCAAACACCCACAAGUCGGAUGGUUCUAGUAGGAAAUAAAGAUGGUCCCAAUUAUGGAGUAUUUCAUAUGCCGCAAUCACAACACUAUCCGACUCCAAAGAGUAAGAAUAUUAUCAUUCUUCAACACCAAAAAUCAAGAAAAAAUACACAACUAACUGCCUACUGUUCGGCCACUCUCGACAUGAAUACAAUCAUGAAUGAAAUCUCUCGCGGUCUAAGAAAGCUGGAAAGCGUAACAGAUUUGAAAUUUAGCAAAGACGAUGCGAAAUACAAUAGAUGUAAAGAUACGUUCCAGAAAUUGAUGGCCGGCCUACCACAGCGUAAAAUAUACGAACACAAAAUCAUCGAAAUGCAUGAUCUUUUGAGGAGCGAUAGAUGUUCAUCAGGAGAAAUCGCUCGACUUUCCUCUGAAGGACUGUUGCAUGUCACUGGAGAUCUUAGCUGUUUUGCUCCAAUAACAAGCAAAAACAAAGAUGGACAGAAAAUCAAAUCAAAUUACAUUACUCGAGUAAAACAAGACUUUUGGCAGUCAAAGGCUUUUAUCGGCUGGGAAACCUCUCCAAAGUAUGCGUUGGUCUGGUAUCAAGGCUAUCUACAUCUUUUUCGGCCUCGGAUAGGGAAAUCUAUUGAUUGGUAUCUGGUGACUAGUGUGGGAAAUGAGGAAUUUAAUGGAAAGCUGAUUUAUGAAUUUAUCUUUAAAAGUGUUCCAAAAUUUAGGGAAAAUCUGAAAAUUUUAGAAAAGAAGAAAGAGCAAAUGCUUAAGGGGAAAAAGCGAUUUAACAUCAAGUUAAUUUUUCACUCGUUAUACUACAAAAUCAUGAGGAAGUUAACCUCGAGAUACGUCAUUGAUAGCCUAGAAAUGGAAAUAGUAGAUGGCUGGUUAAAGUGUCCUCAAAAAUCCAAGUCCGCAAAUUACAGGUCAUCAAGCAUCCAUCCACGACAAGGCACUGUAUUACAGUAG